AUGCAGGGCCGGCAAAGAUCCGAUCGACGCGCUCAGCCUCACGCCGCCCGACCGGAAGUUAACGAGGCGGCUCCGCUGCCGCACGAGAGGGCUGUUCCUGGUGCACAGCCAUCUCCUGUUUCUGCGGUAUCUGCUGUGCCACAGGCAGCCCCGGUUCCCACUCCGGUUCCGCAUCAGCAAAGCUCAGUCGGCUCCGAGAACAUGCUCGAUGUGGAUGUGACGGUGCUGGCAUUUGCACAAUGGGUCAUGGAGCUGAAGAACAAAAGCUCCAACUCACAGAAAUCACUCCAGAUCGAGCUCAACACGAUCAAGAAUGCCAUCAACGGCAAUCACAGCGACCUCGCGGACUUCAAACGCCAUGGGGCGGCCAUACAACAGCAGAUGCAAUCAGAAAUAAACGAGAUUCGCGAGUCGUUAAGCUCUGUUUUCAUGGAGAUCACUGCAGCUGUGCGGAACAAUGCUGCCGCAGAUCAGGACCUGAAAAUGAAGAUACAAAUGUUAAACGAACAGGCUGUUCGGAAUGAGACCGCGUUUGCCCAGCUGGCGGAUGCAGCUGACCAGUCACAGUCCAAGCUUCGAGCAGCGGCCCAGGAGAUGCAGCAAUUUUCUGAGCGCAUGCGGGACGACCUGGCUUCGCUGAACCAGAAGACGGACACUUUGCAGGGCACCGUGCUGGACCGUGCAGACCAACUCAAGAGUGAGACGGAUCAGCUGUCACAGGACCUGCGCACCCAGCUUGAAAAGCGGAAAGUGCAGCUUCAGAAGAUGGUCCAGGACGUCGUGAACAUCGGUGAGUCCUUGCAAGGUCUCGUAAACGAUUUCGGUGGCGUCAAGCAAGAGUCCGGAGCUACUCAAACUAAGCUCAACUCCAGCCUGUACUCGCUCGAUGCACGUCGGCAGCAGGGUACCACUGCACCAGCAGCUUGCCAAGUGAUGUCGUCCAAGUUCCAGGCGAUGCCCAUGGCACAGGCACCUUAUGUGUACAGCCGCUGCUUGCCUCAGCGCUGA